GCAAAUGGCCGCCUGAGAAAUAGGAAGUCGACGAGAAGGAACAUAUAUCGACCUUCCUGGGCGUGAAGCUGUGGCCGAAGGGGGUCGUGUUCCGCAAGUAUCGCGGACGUCGCCGACAGCCGGAAGUUACAGAACCCGCGCCUCACAUCGACGCGAAAAUGUGACGUAGAUUUAAGUUAUAUAAAUAUGUAUGUUAGAUUAUAAGGUAUUUAUUUUAUAGCCUGAAAUAAAAUGAUUUAUUAUUAUUAUUAUAUACUAUGUCGAUACGUUCAUGGCCACACUGUUUUAAUUAGAUUUGUUAAGUAGAAAACAAUGAACAUUAAAAUUUGCCUUUGCGUUAUUAUUCUGCUAAAAAUAUGUCUAAUAAGCAAGUGUGCGAUUUAUUCACUCUUUGAGGUAACUGCUUACAACAAUCGUGAAAGAAGAGUCCUCUAUGAUUUGUAUAGAAAACAUUAUGAGUUCACAUUCAUGAAUGGAAUCACAAACGAAGCGGCUCUACCCAUCAAUAUCGCCGUAGAAAACAAUUACACUAAAGUUUUCGAAAAAAGACUUAAAGCCUACGACAUACAAUACCUUUAUUUUCCAGGAAAAUAUCUGGAUUUAGAAACUAAUGAAAGUUCUAUUGGUUUAUUUGCAUCGAAAGUGAAAGAUAUAUCGAAUACUUUUUAUGACUGGGAGAGCAUAGUGAAGUGGAUAAAUCAUCAAUGUAGAAGACACGCCAUCAUAGAGAAAACUGUCAUUGCAAAAACUUUUCAGAGAAGAGACAUUAUAGUUCUAAAAAUAUCGGAAGGUGACGACAAACCUAUUGUAUUCAUAGUGGGUGGCGAGGAUGGAAAAGACUGGACAUCCUCAGCAGUUGCUCUCAACUUUGUGAAGUAUAUAUUAGCAAAUCAUGAAAAGCAUGGUUCACUGCUACAAUAUUUUAAUUUUUAUAUUGUCCCUGUGCUAAAUCCUGAUGGCUUUGUUUAUAGCCGGAAUUCGGAUAGAAUGUGGUCUAAGAAUCGUCAAGAUUUUUUUCCCACUGUGCGAUGCAGCAAGUCAUUUGUAGCCAUUGGUGUCAACAUUGCCAGAAAUUGGUAUUUCCAUGAUGUAAAAAGAACACUACAUGAAGAAUGCCAAGGAGUAUAUGUAGGACGUAAAAGAUUAUCUGAAGAAGAAACCUUUGGACUUUCUUAUGCAUUAAAUACUCUUGCAGUAAACACAAUGGCUUUUAUAAAUGUGAAGGGCUUUGGAAAAUUUGUUACUAUACCAUAUGCACAUUCAACGCCAACUAACAACCAUGACAUUGUUAUAACUACAGUGGUAACAUGGCCGAUUGGGUUAAGACAAAAUUAAAUAUACCCAUAGUAUACACCUGUUACUUGGAAAAUCAAGAUGAAUUUCUACCGCAACCACAGCACAUUCUACCCCUUAGUAAACAUUUCUACACUAUGUUAAAUGAAACAUUGUUAAUAUCAAAAGAUAUUUAUGGACCUUUGUUCAGUAAUCAGCAAACAGUUACGUUUUCAAAUCUAAUAGGACUAUUACUAUGUACACAUAUUAUUUUGGUUUAUAAAGACAACUUAAUUUUUACUGAUUUUGUUUGGUAAUUAUACCAUAGAAAAAAGACUAACCAACAGUACCUAGAAUAAUUAUAUUUAGUAAAAUAUACCAUGACAGUAUUAUAA